UAUUGAUCAAAAUGUAUUAUAUCAUACAAUAGAUAAUGAGAAAUUAAAUUUCUUUAAAGAAGAAAACUUAAAGAAAAAUAUUCAUUGAAUUCUUCAUCAAAUGGAUCAAUAAUGAAUACAAUUAAUCAAACCGAGUUACAAAUGGUUGAUACAAGCAAUUUACAAAAUCCUUGUGAAAUUAAUCAUGAAUUAACAAAACCAUUGGUCUUGUUUCUUAAUUCAAGAAAAGAAGUACUUUCUUCAGCUCCAACAUCACCAAAUAGCAGUGAUAAUGAAACACCUGGUCCUAUAUCUUCAAUGAAAUUUCAAUAUAGAAAAGAUUCAAGAAAAUGUUUUCGUAAAAUAACAUCACAAACAAAUUGGCGUAAACGUCAAGGUAUGACAUUUCGUUGUGGUCCAUUCUUUAGUCGUACACAUAAUGGACUUGUAAAUUCACCAUAUCAAUCAGAUGUUAGUCAAUCAGCACCAAGUAGUCCUACAAUUGAUACAUAUGAAACAUUACCACUUAUUCCUAAUGCAUCAACAAUAGAUCAAGUUACAGAACAAAUUAGUUCAAAACCAUUCAAUAUUACAGUACAUUCAAAUUUACUUCAUACUGAAUCUAGAAAUGAUGAGUACAAAAAUUUAGGAUCAUCUUGUUUUACUACUAAUAAAGUGAAAUACUCUGAAUCAACAUUACUAUGUUUAAUGCAACGUCUUGGGAUACAGUCCGUUUGGCCUUGUCUAUUGGAACAUGGAGUUGUAGAUGUGGAUCGAUUAAGCAAAUUGACUAGAAAUGAAUUAAUUGAAAUGGGUGUUACAGAUGCUGAGACGAGAGCUACAUUAAUGACAGCUGCUCAGCUUCUUACAGAUUCAUGGUUAAAUCCUUCAUUAUUCCAUAGAACGUUGAAUAGAUCAUUUGGAAAAAAUUCAAAAGAUUUAUACGAUACUCAAAAUAUUCAUGAUUCCGGUAUCUCAAGUGGAACAGAUAUUACUAGUUCAUGUUUAACAUAUAAACCACAAUAUACAAAUUUUUGUAAUAAUAAUACUAAUACUACUAAUAAUAAUGAAUCAACAAGUCGUCUAGAAGGAAUUACAUCUGGUAAAUCCGAACAAAUGGAACAAUAUCAAUCACGAUGGGGUUAUGGUCAACACAUGCCUACUGAACAUAAUGGAUCUGUUAAAAUGACCUCAUAUGAAGAAAUCAACUCAAAUAUGCCAAUCAGACAAAACGUUGGAUCUUACCAAACAAUAAACUCUGAUAAGAACUCAUUUCAAAAUGUUUCCAGAGUAUUUGGUGAAAUGCAAUGUCAGUCACAAAAACAUCCAGUAAGUAUUCUACGAAAUAGUCGACUAUCCAAAGAUAAUCAACCUGAUAUUGAUAAUGUAAAACGAUCAUCAUCAAGUACACCAAAAACUGUAAAAAUUGAUGAACGAUUUCUAUUAUCAUCAAAACAUCAUCAACAACAACAACAACAACAACAACAAAAAGAAAUUAAUCUAUUGAAUACACCUAUACAACCAUUACAAACUUCUACUCUAUCGACAACUGCCAAUUAUUUUGUACAGUAUCCUCAAAAUAAUCAACAAUAUAUCUCUAAUACAAUACAAACAAUAAAUGAUAAUACAAAGAAUGUAUACAUUCAACAUAUUUAUUUAGCUAGGCAUAUCUUAAGAAAGAAAUUAAAUACAGAACAUAUUGAUCUUACUCAACCACCUUAUUCUGAUGAGUUUGGUCGAGCAAAUAUUCCUUUACGUUUAAUUCAACGUUAUUCAUUUGAAACAAAUUUAGAUCUUCUUACUGUUGCAAUGGCAUUAGAAGCUGAAAGAGAUACUAAUUUGAGAGAGAUACGAAGACCUGUGAUCUCAUUCAAUGAAGAGAUUCGAUCACAACGUUUUCUUAAUUGUGAUGGUAUAAAAACAGGCAGUUUACAAGAAUUUUUAAUAACCAUCGGUUUACCUAUGUAUAUAAAUCAUAUAUUACAUUAUAAUAGUAUAACUACAAAUAGUAAUAAUAAUAAUAAUAAUAAUAAUAAUAAUAAUAAUCAUAGGUGUUUACUAAUGACACCGGCAGAUUUACUUAAUAUGUCCAAUGGUCAAUUACAAGAGAAAUUUAAUUUUCUACCUAUUCAUAUACAAUGGCUUCGUCAAGAAGCAUCAGUUAUUCCAUGGAUAUUAUUAAAUCAAACAAAUUCAACAAAAUAUUCCACAAUGAAUUAUACAACAAAUAAUAUAUAUAGUUUACCACGUACAUCAAUAACAAAUCAUUGUUGUCGAAGAAGUUCAUCUCAAUUAAGAAAAUUACAACAACCUUCAUCACAACCACCACCACCACCACCGCCACCACCACCACCGCCACCACCACCACCGCCAACAUCACAACAACAACAACAACAGAAGCGUUCAACAACAUCAACUCAAUCAUUCAUUAAUCAUUGUCAACAUCAUCAAUUACAAGAUUAUCAUGAAGGACAUGAACAAUCCGAUGAUAAUUUCAUUAAUUUAGAACAUCUUGUUGAUAAAGUUUAGAUUAAAUUUAUAUAAAUAUACUUUUAGUAUUUCUCUUUAAUUGAUUUAAUUCAAGAAGAAAAUUAAUAUGAGACAUUUGUAUUUAGUUAAA